AUGGGCUCCACGCCUUCUCCCAUCCGCCUCGCCAUCCUCGAGGCAGACACCCCGCUGCCCGAGACCCAGGCCACCUACAAGGGCUACGGCGGCGUCUUCACGGCCCUCCUGCGCACCGCCGCCCUGACGCUGCCGGCGCCCGCACCCCCUCGACUCGCUUGCAGCAGACACACGGGCUACGACGACGAGCCCUGGAUCCUGGCCCUCGUCGACUACACGCCCGCUGCCUCGCCACGGGCCGCGUCGUGCAUCGCGUCUGCUUCGGCCAACAGAUCAUCGCCCGCGCCCUCGGCGGGCACCGUCCGCACCUCGCCCAAGGGCUGGGAGGUCGCCGUCACUGACGUCACUCUGACCCCCGUCGCCCGCGACCUCUUUGGCCUCGACGUCUUGCGCAUCCACCAGAUGCACCGUGACGAGGUCGUCGACGUGCCGUCCGGCGCCGAGAGCCUCGCCGCCACCGACACGUGUCCCGUCCAGGGCUAUUAUGCCAAGGGCCGGUACAUUGCCGUCCAAGGCCACCCCGAGUUUACGGGGCCCAUUGUCGCCGAGAUUCUCGCGAGCAGGCACAAGAUGGGCAUUUUUGGCGAUGACAUGUACGCCGAGGCCGUCGAGCGCGCCGGCAUCGAGCACGAUGGCGUUGCCGUCGGCAGGGGGUUCCUGAAUUUCCUGCAGCAGUAG